GCCAAGAUCCUUCGUAACAUUUGCAAGGCAAUGGGACCCAACAACUGAGUGCUAAUUCAUGAUUGCGUGAUAUUUCACACAUUGCAAGAACCUGGCGUAGGAGCCAACGGGUUAAGCGUCGUGAGUCUAGGAGUGCAGCCUGAGGUAUUUUUGAAUCCAUGAUCCCCCAAGGUCCCUGAACUUAUGUUACCGAACUUGGGGGUAGGCAGUCACAGGUCGUACCAAAUGGACCUUUCUAUGUGGUUUACUUUAAAUUGCAAAGAACGAACCUUGGACGAACUGAAGAUCAUUGGGCAAGUUCCUUAUAGUAUACCUCGAUCCGUUGGGGGAUCAUCGACUAGUGAUAAUUCACAGGACCGUUACUGGUCUAACACUCAUCCGAGCUUAUGAUUUUGCAAAUUCAACGAUCGUGGAGUUCAGAGUCGCUCAGAGCUGAUGCCAACAACAAAAUUCCCAAAUAAAAUAUUUAGUUGUUGCGUCUACCACCCAUAUCUUACAC